AUGAGUCAAGAUGUCCAUUCUUGGAUGAUUCUCAUCCCAGACCAGGUCGUUAGUCUGAAUCUCAACCCCACCGGAGCCUCAGAACUUGGUAGCCUCAUGUGGAACAAGACAAGGAUGCAAGCCCUCAACGACCACCUAGCCUCCUACCUGGACAGGGUAAGAAGCCUGGAGACUGAGAAUCGGAGACUGGAGGGCAAAAUUUGGGAACACCUGGAGAAGAAGGGACCCCAGGUCAGGGACUGGAGCCACUACUUCAAGAUCAUCGAGGAACUGAGGGCUCAGAUCUUUGAGGUUUCUGUGGACAACGCCCGCAUCGUUCUGCAGAUUGACCAUGCCCGGCUGGCUGCAGAUGACUUCAGAGUCAAGUACGAGACUGAGCUGGCCAUGCGCCAGUCUGUUGAGAGCGACAUCCAUGGGCUCCGCAAGGUCAUUGAUGACACCAACGUCACCCGGCUGCAGCUGGAGACGGACAUCGAGGCUCUCAAAGAGGAGCUGCUCUUCAUGAAGAAGAACCAUGAGGAGGAAGUAAAGGGCCUACAAGCACAGAUUGCCAGCUCUGGGCUGACCGUGGAGGUGGAUGCCCCCAAGUCUCAGGACCUCAGCAAGAUCAUGGCAGACAUCCGAGCCCAGUAUGACGAGUUGGCUCAGAAGAACCGAGAGGAGCUGGACAAGUACUGGUCUCAGCAGAUUGAAGAGAGCACCACAGUGGUCACCUCUCAGUCCGCUGAGAUAGGAGCUGCUGAGAUGACACUCACGGAGCUGAGACGUACUGUCCAGUCCUUGGAAAUUGACCUGGACUCCAUGAGGAAUCUGAAAGCCAGCCUGGAGAACAGCCUGCGGGAGGUGGAAGCCCGCUAUGCUCUGCAGAUGGAGCAGCUCAACGGGGUCCUGCUGCACCUGGAAUCGGAGCUGGCACAGACCCGGGCAGAGGGGCAGCGCCAGGCCCAGGAGUACGAGGCCCUGCUGAACAUCAAGGUCAAGCUGGAGACUGAGAUUGCCACCUAUCACCGCCUGCUAGAAGAUGGAGAGGACUUCAGUGUUGACGCCCUGGGCUGCAGCAACUCCAUGCAAACCAUCCACAAGACCACCACCCGCAGGAUCGUGGACGGCAAAGUGGUAUCUGAGACCAACGACACCCAAGUUCUGAGGCACUGAGGCAGCAGAAGCAGGGUGCCCUCUGGG